CGGGUACCAUCAGCAGUGGCACUGACAUCGGCGGGCAAACCUAAGGCGGGCAUGAUAGUCUGUGUCGAUAAGAAAGAAGGUUUCUAAGGAUGUAAGGGAUGAAUAUAAUUAAAGGAAGUAUAUGUUCUUUGACAACCGGUUUAUCACGUGACUUUAUACCGGACCCCCGAACACUUUUAUUAAUUUAUCCUAUUUUAAUUUCGUACAAACAUAGCUGCAAUUUAUUAACGUUCAUUUGUUCAAAAAGGCAAUAUUAUCUAUGAUAGAUGUAAUAAGACUCGUUAAUAGACACAUAAGAAUAUUGAUUGCCUAUUAUCAUUAUUAUUACGUAAAAGAAAAGUUCUCUCCUUCUUUGUGCCAUAUUAUUUUGAUGUUGAUCUAUAAGUUUAUAAAAGCAAGAAAUUAUAAGAAUAUAAGCAUAAAAAAAAAUCAUUUACACUAAACCCCUUCCCUUCUCCUCCCCAAAAGUUAGGGAUUCAUGGGACAAAAGAAAUGAUAAAAAUCUUGUAAAUGUUUUAAAGCGGUUAGAGUCAAUAUGAAUAGAAAAUGUUCUAAGCAUUUAGAAGAUGAUAAUGACAACACUGAAGUAUUGGAAGAUCACAAUCA